AUGGCUAAAAAGAAGAACAACAAAUCUAAAGAUCAGUCUAAAGAUCAAUCCAAAAAGGUAGAGAAUCCACCAGUGGAGGAUAAGACUGUUACAGAGACACAGAAAGGGGAAGAAACAUCUGAACCAAUUGUGGAAGAUAAGAAGGAAUCAAUUGAAGAAACUACAAAAUCACAUCCAAAAGAAGCUAUUGAGGGUGGAAAUGAAAACAAUAUCGAUACAGAUCCAGUAAAGAGCAGCAUACCACCCGUUGAUCACGAAUCAAACACCAAAGAAGAACACCAAGAUGAUGUCAAAGACAAUACAGAUCUUGCAAAGGAUACAAAACAUGCAGAAACAAUAACGAAAGAACCAUCUUCUGAACCUGCUCCAGAGACUCAGGUACCGAAGAAAAGACUCACACUACAAGAAAGAUUAGCACUUGCCGCUAAAAGUAAAGGUAAACCAAAAAGAAAUACAUCAGCAUCAUCAACAACUCAUUCUGAAACUUCUCAAACGAAAACAAAUGUUGCAUCAGAAACAUCUACAAGAGAGAAUAGUAUUGAACCUCAAGAAGAAAUUAAAAAUCCAGAAAUAUCAUCACCUAAACCUUCAACUUUACCUUCCACUAGAGAACCUUCUCUUGAUAUUCAAAGAUCAGAUCCAAUACCACCAACGACAAUAUCAUCAUCAUCAUCAUUAUUCCCUAAAACUUUUAAAGAACUUCCAAUAGAAGAAUUACAUAAACUAAUAUCUGAUGCAGAAAUUAAAUUUUCCAGUUUAGAAUCUAAAAAUGAAUCUUUAACUACUGAGAAACAAUCAUUACAAGAAAAAGUUAAAAAUUUGAAUUCAAAUUUAACUUCUCAACAAUCAUCUAGUGUAUCAAGUCAACUAAUCAAAGAUAAAGAUGAUAAAAUUGCACAACUUUUAAAAGAAGGUGAAAAUUUAUCAAUGAAAGAACUUAAAUAUACAAAUACAAUUAAAAAAUUAAAAUCAAAUGAAUCUCAAAAUGAAAAGGAAAUUAAAAAUUUAAAUUCUAAAAAUCAAUCAUUGGAAAUUGAAAAGAAAAAUUUAAAAGAAGAUUUGAAAAAAUUAACAAAUUCUGAACAAAAUUUAAAUAAUCAGAAAAAAACUUUACAAAUCCAACUUGAUAAUGAAAAAGAAUCAUUAAAAGAUGAAAUUAAAAGAAAUAAAGAACUUUCCUCCAAAAUUGAAGAAUUAAGUCAAGUUUUAAUUCAAGAAAAAAAUCAUGCUUCAAAUACAAUAAAUGAAUUGAAAAGAUCAUUGGAAAAGGAAAAAAAUAAAUUGAAAACAAUUCAACAAGAUAAUAUUUCUGAAAUUAAUAGACUUGAAACUAAAAUUGAACAAUUACGUUUCCAAAAUGAAAAUGCUCAAGCUUCAACUGGUACAGAAGAUGAAGGUUAUUUAAAAUUAAUUAGACAACAUGAUACUUUACAAAAUCAAUAUACUUCAGCUACAGAAAAUUGGCAAAGUAUUGAAGCUUCAUUAGGUAAUCGUAUUAGUUCAUUACAAAAUGAUUUAAAUUCAGUUAAAACUCAAUUAAAUGAUAGUGAAGAACAAAAUAAAGUUUUAAUUAAUGAUCUUGAAUUAAAAUCUCAAAAAAUUGAAAUUUUACAAAAUGAUUUGAAAAAAUUAAAUUCUGAAUUAAGUUUAAUCAAAACUAAAAAUGAAACUUUAAAUAAAGAAAAUAAAAAUUUAAUUUCAACUUUAGAAACUAAAGAAUUAAAUUUUAAUAAGGAAAAAGCUGCUUUAGAUUAUAAAAUUCAAGGAUUAGAAAAACAAUUUAAAGAUUCAAUUCAACCACAACAUCUUUCAGUCCCAUCAUCAAAUAAUAUUAAUACAUUAGAUUUUAGUAGUCCACAUACAGGUUCAACACCAUCUUUUAAACGUGGUAAUAGUUGGGAAAUUGGAUUAGGUGAAUCAUCAACAACACCAAGACAAAGCCGUAAAUCAAGUGCAUUAUCCAUUCCUCAAUAUAAUCAAAAUAAUAGUUCGUUUGAUGAAUCUGCAGAAAAUAUUAGUGAUUUUGAUGAUAAUGAUACUAUAAAUUCACCGAUCUCGGCAUAUAAUAAUGGUAAUUCAAGAUUUGAAAAUAAUUCAUCAUCUGCUAUCAAUGGUGGUUCUUCUGUUCAAUUAUUAGGUAAAUUAAGUAGUCAAAUUCGUCGUUUACAAAUUGAAUCAAGCACAAAAGAUGAAGAAUUAGAAAAAUUAUCAAAAGAUAUGAAAGAUGCAAAUGAAGAAAUUGUUAAGUUAAUGAAAGAUAAUGAAAAUGUUGAAAAUUAUAGAAUCAAAAUUAAAGAAUUAGAAGAAUCUGUGGAAAGUAUUACUCAACGUCAUGAAAAAGCUUUAGAAAUUCUUGGUGAGAAAUCUGAACAAGUUGAAGAAUUAAAAGCUGAUAUUCAAGAUUGGAAAGAUUUAUGUCGUCAACAAGUUCAACAAUUGGCUGAUAAAGCUUAA